UCUAGGAUGAAAGCUUGCGAUGCGGAGGACACUUUCCUUGACCUUGAGAAAUAUGCCCCACAAGACAGCAUUCUUGCAAGCAACAGUUCCUUGUACAAGAGCAGUGAGCUUCUCGGCAAGGUCAAGGAUGCCACGAAGACGCGUGUACUCAACACUCAUUACAUGAUGCCUCCUCAAGUCUUGAUUCCCGAAUUCCUUUGGUGUCAAAACUUGACUGACUGCUCUCCUAGNGCUCUGAUAGUCGAGCUCAUGACAAGCGGCUCCACCGAGGANGCUAUAUUNCCCUUCUUGGAGGCUGAACUCAGCCAGGCAGGUCUUCAUCCUGUAUCCGCUAAGAAGGAGUCGACUGGCUUCAUCUUCAACCGUAUCUGGGCUGCCAUCAAAUGCGAAGUUCUUGCGGUUAUCGCAGAGGGUGUAUCCGAUCCCGAAACCAUUGACACGAUCUGGAUGGAACACCCUUCAGGACCGUGCACCAUGUUGGAUAGUGUGGGUCUGGAUACCGUCGAAAACAUCGAGACUCAUUACGUGCACUAUCGAGGAUUGCCUGACACCACACUCAAGUGGUUGCUCAAAUUGCCUUUGGACGAACUGGUCAGCAGUGGUCAGAUCCUCCAAUUGUCCAUCGANCAAAAAUCGUCACGCCCUAUCGCUCUCGUCACAGAUCAAAAAUGCCCCGACGGCAUCGAUGUGCAUGACGAUAGGAUGUAUUGGACUUGCAUGGGCCUACCACCAAAGAACGACGGCGCAGUCUACUCUACCAAGCUCGAUGGCAUCGACAUCAAGACAGUCAUUGAGCCUGGCGCUAUCCAUACCCCAAAGCAGCUGCAUAUCGACGGACUCAACAAGAGUCUAUACUUCUGCGACUGCGAAGGCUUGCGUGUCCACCGGUCUAACCUGGACGGUUCUGAGCACGAAACUGGCAACUGGGAAAUCGAAGAAGACAAAGUUCAUAAUCAGAUCAAUUGGCCUCUUGGCGUCACCUUCUCCGACAAGCUGCAAAAACUUAAUUUCUCUGCCAACAUCNNAGAGACCCCCUCAGGAGCCGAUGCAACAAACAGAAAGGACAUUGAACUAAUCUUGGACGGACUGCCCGAGCCUAUCGACCUGGAGCUUGAUGAACCCACAGGCGUUCUCUAUUGGACUCCUCGAGGCGAAUUGCCUUUUGGCAAUACCUUGAACAAGAAGACCCUCACUGGUGGAGCACCGGCUGAGGAAGAGGCACUUGGCCGCCAGAUCAUCGCGCAAUGA